UUUCCUUGUGAAACCUUCUGAUAGAAAAAGUUCUCAGUACAAACUUCAUUUGGACUGAGGAUGGGACUCAGUGGUUGAGUGUUGCUGAGUGCAAUCCCUGGUACAAAAAAAAAAAAAAAAAUCUUGCUGGUUCAAUAAUUAAAAGCUCAAGUCUUCUACAAAGACCUCCUUGAAUGCCCAGAGGACUUAAAACUUCUACCAAGUUGUUGACUAUGUGGAUGAAGAAUCUCAGCAUAAGAGAAAGAAGAGCUUUGCCAGACACUGAAGAAGGGACGGGGAUCUCUCCUCCUAAUCUGGGCCUCCUGUCAUGGAUGAAGAGACUCGGCACAGUCUUGAGUGCAUCCAGGCCAAUCAGAUCUUUCCUAGGAAGCAGCUGAUUCGGGAGGAUGAGAAUCUUCAGGUUCCUUUCCUUGAACUUCAUGGAGAGAGCACAGAGUAUGUGGGUCGUGCUGAGGAUGCCAUCAUUGCCCUUUCAAAUUAUAGACUUCACAUCAAGUUCAAGGAGUCUCUUGUUAAUGUUCCAUUACAGCUUAUAGAAAGCGUUGAAUGCCGAGAUAUAUUUCAGCUUCAUUUGACUUGCAAAGACUGCAAAGUUAUAAGGUGUCAGUUCUCAACCUUUGAACAGUGUCAAGAUUGGCUUAAUCGACUGAACAAUGCAAUCCGACCACCUGCUAAAAAAGAAGAUCUCUUCUCAUUUGCAUACCAUGCUUGGUGCAUGGAGGUCUAUGCCAGUGAAAAAGAGCAACAUGGAGACCUGUGCAGACCAGGGGAGCAUGUAACGUCAAGGUUUAAGAAUGAAGUGGAGCGAAUGGGUUUUGAUAUGAACAACGCCUGGAGGAUUUCUAACAUCAAUGAGAAAUAUAAGUUAUGUGGUAGUUAUCCACAAGAGCUCAUAGUGCCUGCCUGGAUCACUGAUAAAGAGCUAGAAAGUGUAGCAAGCUUCAGGUCCUGGAAAUGUAUCCCUGCCGUUGUCUACAGCUGUGAGAACCAAGGAAUGCAAGUUCUAGAAGGAGAUGGUAGAAUGGUGAUGGAGUACAAGUUUUGGAGACACAGACUGGAGGUCAAGCCUAUUCUGACAUUCUUUGCUGUGCCCUUGAAUUCUUCUCUAUCAAAUGCUUCAGGAGCAGAGAGUUUAGCCAUCCAACCGCAGAAGCUUUUGAUCUUGGAUGCUCGCUCCUAUGCAGCAGCUGUGGCAAACCGAGCCAAAGGAGGAGGCUGCGAAUGCCCAGAUUAUUACCCAAACUGUGAAGUUGUGUUUAUGGGGAGUUUUCAGUCUUUGAGGUUGCUGUGCACACAGACGCCAGAUCCGGGAAAUUGGCUUUCAGCUCUUGAAAGCACAAAGUGGCUUCAUCACCUAUCUGUGCUUUUGAAGUUGGCCCUUCUGGUGGUGCAUGCUGUGGAUUGUGACCAGCGACCUGUACUAGUGCACUGUUCAGAUGGCUGGGACCGCACCCCUCAGAUUGUGGCACUGGCUAAGCUCUUGCUGGACCCUUAUUACCGAACCAUAGAGGGUUUCCAGGUCCUUGUGGAGAUGGAGUGGCUAGAUUUUGGCCAUAAGUUUACUGAUCAGUGCGGUCAUGGGGAGAACUCGGAUGAUCUGAACGAGCGUUGCCCAGUGUUUCUGCAAUGGCUUGACUGCGUUCAUCAGCUUCAGAGGCAAUUUCCUUGCUCUUUUGAGUUCAAUGAAGCAUUCCUUGUGAAACUGGUGCAGCAUACCUAUUCCUGCCUCUUUGGAACAUUCCUGUGCAACAAUGCCAAGGAGAGAGGUGAACAGCAUACUCAGGAAUGAACAUGUUCUGUAUGGUCGCUUCUUCGGGCUGGCAACAAGGCUUUCAAAAACCUACUGUAUUCCUCCCAGUCAGAAGCCGUACUGUACCCUGUGUGCCAUGUGCGUAACCUGAUGCUGUGGAGUGCAGUGUAUCUGCCCUGCCCAUCUCCUUCUACCCCUGUGGAUGACAGCUGUGCACCAUAUCCAGUCCCAGGGACCAGCCCUGAUGAUCCUCCCCUGAGCCGCCUACCAAAGACUAGAUCAUUUGACAAUCUGACCAUAGCCUGCGACAGCACAGUGCCUCUGGCCAGCCGGUGAAGCAGCGACCCCAGCUUGAAUGAGAAGUGGCAGGAGCACCGGCGAUCUCUGGAACUGAGCAACCUUGCUGGUCCUGGAGAGGAGCCAUCUGCUGACACCCGGGUGCAGGGUGCUGAGCUGUCCGUGGCAGCUGGGGUGGCUGAGGGGCAGAUGGAGAACAUUUUGCAAGAGGCCACCAAAGAAGAGAGUGGGGCUGAAGAGCCUGCACACAGGGGUAGUGUGGAGAUGCCACAGAUCAAAGAGGAGAACAGGAUAGCAACUGAAGGCUCAGCCAUUGUACUUUACCAAGAAGCAGAGUUGGGGGUUGCUAUUCUGAGGAGCCAUCCAGACUCCAGCCUGUCUCUAUUCUCACAGGGUAUUCCUGAAGAGCACGGUGGGCCCAGUGUUCUCUCCAGUUCACUCCAGGAACCCUACAGGGGAGAGGAUUCUCUGGAGGUUCCUUUGGAGCAGCCUCCAAUAGAGGAUAUUGCAGAGAACCAGGAGGAUGCAGCUCCUUCCAUCCCAGUAGAUGUAAAAGUUGGUUAUGGUACCUCACUGUCUAGUUCUCUGCCACCUUCCCAAGUCCCUUUUGAGACCAGAGGACCAAACAUGGACAGUUCCAUGGAUAUGUUGAUGGAAGAUAAUGUGAAGUCAGAAAGUGGACCCCAAGUCCACCGUAAGCCUUGCCUGGUUAUCACUGGCAGGUUCAGUGGCAAAGACGUGCUUCCCCCAGCACUGGAGCCCAGGCCUGCUGAGAGGAGCCUCAUUGAGAAGCCACAAGGGGGGUCUGUGGUCCACAGGACUUCUCCUGGCAGCACUCUUAGCCCAACACAGGCCCCUUGUGCCUUGCCUUUAGCCGAAUGUAAAGAGGGGUUUGUGUGUAACGGUGCCCCAGAGACUGAAAACAAGGCCUCAGAGCAGCCCCCAGCACUUGGCACCCUCCAGAAGAACUCCACACCCAAUGGGCACUGUGCCAAUGCGGAGGCUGGGAGGAGCAAGGACUCGCUGAGCCGCCAGCUGUCUGUCACAAGCUGCAACUCUGUCCAUUUACACUCUGGAAACUUGCACCACAAGUGGCUGCAUAGCCACUCGGGAAGGCCAUCCGCAGUCAGCAGCCCUGAGCACCCUUCCCACAACCACCUGGAUGAUGAUGGCAUGCCUGUGUACACAGACACAAUCCAACAGCGCCUGCGUCAGAUCGAGUCAGGCCACCAGCAGGAAGCGGAGACCUUGAAGAAACAAGUCCAGGAGCUGAAGAGUCGCCUGGAGAGCCAAUACCUGACUGGAUCACUGUGCUUCAAUGGGGACUUUGGAGAUGAAGUGACUUCAAUCCCUGACUCGGAAAGCAAUCUGGAUCAGAACUGUUUGUCUCGCUGCAGCACAGAGAUUUUCUCUGAAGCCAGCUGGGAGCAGGUGGAUAAACAGGACACAGAGAUGACCCGUUUCCCUGACCACCUGGCUGCCCACUGCUAUGCGUGUGACAGUGCCUUCUGGCUCACCAGCAGGAAACACCACUACAGGAACUGUGGGAACGUAUUCUGCUCCAGUUGUUGUAACCAGAAGGUCCCGGUUCCUAGCCAGCAGCUCUUUGAACCCAGUCGAGUGUGCAAGUCUUGCUAUAGCAGUCUACGUCCCACAAGCUCCAGCAUUGACCUUGAACUGGAUAAGCCCAUUGCUGCCACUUCAAACUGAAGCUCAGUGACCUGGGGUGGGCAGAGGCCAAGCUGCUGUCCCUCUGACAGGGCCACACAGCCUGAGCAGACCUAGAGGCCCAUGCACUUUGGAAUGGGGGCAUGGAAUCACCUGUACAGAGUGACAGAAAUUGGGAUGUACCACUGGAUUGUAGAUUGAUUUUUUUUUUUUUUUAAUUUUUUCCCCUUCUCCCCCUUUCCUUCCCCCUUCCCUUUUCCAUCCUCCCUCUGCCUUCAAAAAGGAAAAAAAUCCCCUGGUUGUUUUAAUUUUUUUUUUUAAUGGAAGACCAGAGGUUGCCAAGUCUCCUGUAAUUGCUGAGCUGCUUACUGUCAGGCACACUGGGAGAUGGCUUGGUGCUUCUUUAUGGAAGGAGGCUGGUCAGAGCCAAGAGUGGAGGCCUGAGACAGUGAGCAGGAAAGAAGGUUAGCACCAACAUUUGUGAUCAUUCCUCAUACCACCACCACCACAUCAAAGUUGGUUGGGAAAUGUUUGUUGCCAGGGAAGCUGGAAGCAUCUUUCCCAGGAGAACCUCCCCAGGUGCCUUCUCUCUGAGAGGGGCUGGGCCAUCCCACUUUACAAACAGAAAAUGAGGUUUAUAUUUGGAGGGAGGGGCACACACAGCAAAUGGAUCCCUCAGGCCCCAUUUUGGGGAAGGUAGAAGGAGCUAGGGAUGGGUGAUCAGCAUGUUGUUCCCCAUGGGAUUCUGUUUUUAACUUGACCCAAAUUGUCUAGGGCUCCCUCCGUUUUUCAGGGGGCUGCCUCCUGGGCAGGCCAGAUAGUGCUUCCUUGUGAGUGAGAGUACAGAAUGGCCAGAAUGUGGUGUCCUGCUUCCAUGGCCAAGGCCCGCCCUGAGCCCCAGGCACACCUUGGAGCCACUUCCAGGGCCUGGUCCCCCAAACAAUCUUUCUUCCUCAGCCAGGACAGAGAAAUCCAGACUCAGGGUUCCAAAAAUUCCCCAUUCCCAAACCAAACAAAUCAUGGAUCUUCCCCUUAAGGGGUAGAAUCAGCCUUUAUAGUUAUGAAGGUCCCCACACAAUCAGCCUUCCUCCUCCUUCCUUUCUUGGUGCAGCAGGAAAGGCCCAGCAGUCCCCCUGCCCUGCUUCUGGCUGCCUGAGUGGGUACAUAUCUGGCUGCUGGCCAGCAGUAAAGGGCCACUUGGUUACUCUGCAGUGUUCCUUAGAGACAUGACAUCACCUGGAAGAGAUUCGGGGUACCUUUCUUCAGUGAACUUUGAUGUGGUCCAAAAAGAGCCUUAAAUCAAGAGUAUUUGUGAUGGAGGUGGGUGUGGGGAAGGACAGGGAGGAAUUUAUGUUUGUGCUUUGUGAUGUUGGCAUCCAUGUUUUGUGCCUGCCCUCCCUCUUAGGCCAUGCUUGGUUUUGCUGAACGCUGCUAACUGGUGGCAGAGUACAUCAUGUAAGGGGAAAGGGUGAGGUUAGGGAAUGCUUAAGUUCCAGCCCUUUCCCUUUGGAAGCAGGUCCCUGGCCAAGGGCAAGCUGUGUCUUAGGAAGGUGGCUCCUACGUGUGCCUGAGUAUGGUUACACGUGGCCCAGAAACAUUUCCUGGUGCUGUCAGUCCAGGCAAAGCCCAGAGUCUGAGCUUAGAGAAACAGGGUGUAAUUCUUCUCCACACUCCACAUGCUCUGAUGGUGAAGAUAGAGAGAAGUAAGUGUAAUUGAAGAUUGUGCAGUUCUUAGUGACAGGUUCCAAGAGGUAAUGAUAUGGGUUUCUUGGGUCUGAUGUACAGUGUGAAUAAAUGCUUGCAGCUCUUAGCUCUUUUUUGAUCAAUGAAGCAUUUUUUAAUAUUUUUCUUUGUAUGUAAAGGAGGAACCAUAACUCUCCGUAGCUGUACAUAUAACCCUUUUCUCCUAAAGAGGAGUCAGUCAGUGCUCCUAUAUUUUUCAUUUUUUGUCAAAGCAAGAAGUAAAUACUUUAGAAUUGUUAAAUAUAUAAAUAAAGUGAAUAAAGUUGAGUGUUUCACAUGGUG